UUGUUUCCAAUCGGUGCGAUUCGUUUCAGGCAACACGACUAUGACAGCGGUCGCUCUCGGAAUAUUUGUAGGUGCUUUUCUUUGCUUCCACCUAUUCUUCCAUGCAGAUGCUAUAAACUCGAAAACGAGCUCGAGCAUUUGCAAGUCAUGGAGGACUAUAUAAAAUUGGAGACAAGGAACCUCGAGAAGGAGCUCCUUCAUGCUCAGGAAGAGGUCAAGCGAAUCCAAUCAGUGCCGUUAGUGAUCGGGCAGUUUCUGGAAGCCGUGGAUCAAGAUCAUGCUAUUGUUGGCAGCACCACUGGUUCGAACUAUUAUGUUCGCGUUCUGUCAAUAGUAGAUCGGGAAUUGUUGAAGCCGGGAUGUUCGGUUGCUUUGCACAAGUAUUCUAAUGCACUUGUAGAUGUCUUGCCACCUGAAGCCGAUAGUUCAAUACAGAUGCUCCGUCCAGACGAGAAACCGGAUGUCUCAUAUGCUGAUAUUGGAGGGCUUGAUAUGCAGAAGCAAGAGGUUCGAGAAGCGGUUGAGUUACCACUCACUCACGGAGAACUCUACAAGCAGAUCGGCAUUGAUCCACCUCGCGGGGUUCUCAUGUAUGGCCCUCCUGGUUGUGGAAAAACGAUGCUCGCAAAGGCUGUCGCAGCUAAUACUGCUGCAUCAUUUAUAAGGGUCGUAGGUUCAGAGUUCGUGCAGAAGUAUCUUGGAGAAGGUCCUAGAAUGGUGCGAGACGUUUUCCGCCUUGCCAAAGAAAACGCGCCAUCUAUCAUCUUCAUUGAUGAAAUUGAUGCAAUAGCAACGAAAAGAUUCGACGCUCAAACAGGAGCGGAUAGAGAGGUUCAACGCAUUCUUCUGGAACUUCUAAAUCAAAUGGAUGGUUUUGACCAAAGCACUAACGUCAAGGUUAUAAUGGCUACCAAUAGGCACGACACUUUGGAUCCUGCUUUGCUUCGGCCUGGUAGACUGGAUAGGAAAAUCGAGUUCCCUCUUCCUGAUAGACGUCAGAAACGACUUGUGUUCACAACAAUUACGUCGAAAAUGAACUUAUCCGAUGACGUUGAUCUUGAGGAUUAUGUCGCACGACCUGACAAGAUUUCUGGUGCUGAUAUCAAUGCAAUUUGUCAAGAGGCCGGUAUGCAUGCAGUGAGAGAGAACCGGUAUGUUGUACUCACAAAAGAUUUCGAAAAAGCCUACAAGAGCGUCAUCAAGAAGGACCAAAACGAUUUUGAAUUCUAUAAGUAA